CACCCCAAUAUUCAAUUUGAGCGGAGAAGAGCCAAAAUCAUUUGCAAUAAAGGUACUUGUAUUUCUCGCGAGAGGAACAGAAUGGCGACUCUUCUUCCCAUAGUUCAAUAUGAAGAAAAAAUCAUUGAAACCGUUGAGCGGAGCCCCGUCGUCGUCGUUAUCGGAGAGACUGGUUCCGGCAAGAGCACUCAACUCUCUCAGAUGCUCCACCGCCGCGGCUACGGCAAAAUCGCUGUCACUCAGCCCCGUCGAGUCGCCGCCGUCUCCGUCGCCAGACGAGUCGCGCACGAGCUCGGCGUUCAGCUCGGCGAGGAAGUAGGUUACGCCAUUCGAUUCGAGGACAGGACUUCACACAACACGCGCAUUAAGUACCUCACUGAUGGAGUCCUUCUCCGGGAAAGUCUGGCUAAUCCUGAACUGAAUGAGUAUUCUGUAAUCAUAUUGGAUGAGGCUCAUGAACGGAGUUUAAACACGGAUAUAUUGAUGGGGCUGAUGAAACGCUUGGUGAAAAUUCGUACCUCUGAUCUCAAAGUUUUGAUCACAUCCGCGACUCUUGAUGGUGAUAAAGUGUCAAAGUUCUUUGCUGAUUGUCCUGUAUUGAACAUCCCGGGAAAGUUGUAUCCGGUUGAAAUUCUUUAUAGCCGUGAGCGUCCCUCUAGCUAUCUUGAGUCUUCGCUGAAAACAGCUCUUGAUAUACAUAUUCGUGAACCAGAAGGGGAUGUUUUGAUAUUUAUGACUGGACAGGAUGACAUAGAGAAGUUGGUAACUAAGUUAGAAGACAAGGUUCGUGCUCUUGAGGAAGGCUCCUGCAUGGAUGUUAUAAUCCUUCCCCUACAUGGCUCUUUGCCCCCUGAAUUGCAGGUGCGUGUAUUUAGUCCUCCACCUCCAAAUUGUAGACGAAUUAUUGUUGCAACAAAUAUUGCUGAAACUUCCUUGACUGUUGAUGGAGUAGUAUAUGUUAUUGACUCUGGGUAUGUGAAGCAAAGGCAGUACAAUCCAUCCAGUGGCAUGUAUUCUCUUGAUGUUGUUCAAAUUAGCAAAGUGCAAGCUAAUCAGCGUGCAGGCCGAGCUGGACGAACACGUCCAGGGAAAUGCUACCGUCUAUAUCCUUCCCAUGUUUACAAUGAUGAGUUUUUGGAUGUUACAGUUCCUGAAAUUCAGAGAUCUUCUCUUGCUGGCAGUGUUCUUUACUUGAAGUCAUUGGACCUCCCAGAUAUUGACAUCCUAAAAUUUGACUUUCUUGAUCCUCCAUCAACUGAGUCCUUACAAGAUGCCUUGAAGCAGUUAUAUCUGAUUGAUGCUAUUGAUGAAAGUGGAGCGAUUACAAGUAUUGGACAGAAAAUGGCUGAGCUUCCAUUAGAACCAUCCUUGGCAAGAACUUUAAUGGAGGCAAACAAUUAUGGUUGCUUAUCCGAGGCAUUGACUGUUGCUGCCAUGUUAUCAGCUGAAACUACAUUGCUACCAGGGCAGAGAAAGACUGAGAAAAAAAGGAAACACACAAUAUCUAACCUUCCUGAUGGUUCUGGAUUGGGUGAUCACAUUCAAUUGCUGCAGAUAUAUGACUGCUGGGAUCAAACUGAUUUUGACAUUGGCUGGUGCAAAGACAAUGGCUUGCAGGUGCGAGGGAUGUUGUUUGUCAGAGACGUCCGUAAGCAGUUAUUCCAGAUAAUGCAGAAAAUGUCAAAGGAAUCACUGGAUGUAAGGGCAAAAGGGAAAAAUGAAGAGUUCCGACAGGAUUAUCGAAAUCUGAGGAAGGCUUUAUGUGUGGGCUAUGCAAAUCAGCUGGCUGAAAGAAAGAUGCAUCACAAUGGUUAUCGAACUCUGGGUUUCCAAGCUCAAGUUGUCCAGGUGCAUCCGUCAUCUGUGAUGAGUCUUGAUGAUAUGGGGAAGUUCCCUGACUAUGUUGUGUUUCAUGAACUAAUUGCAACGCCGCGGCCAUACAUGAGAAAUGUGUGUGCUGUUGAGAUGAGAUGGGUUAUACCCAUUAUUAACAAGCUCAAGACCCUGGACGUGUACAAAUUAAGUGGUGGUAUUCAUCAUGUUGAGGAGGAACCUGAGAAAAAUCUUCCAGAUUUACCCAAGAAGGAUGUUGAGGUUGCUAGUAUUGCUGAUGACAGUGAAAGUAGAAUCCAAGCUGCUAGAGAACGAUUUCUUGCUCGUAAAGCCAAAAAAUAAGCACAGAUACAUUGUGGAGAUGAUAUUGGCUUGUCAGGCAUUUUGUUAGAGGGGCACAUUAACUGGUAAAGUUACCUGAAAUGAUGGAGAGUCGAAAUGAGCUGCUCCUCGAGUUUUUCACAUUGUCACAACAAUUUCGUGUCGUGAUGUUAUCUCAGCUUUAUUCUCAUCAGUUGUCUCUCGCAAACAUCAGAAGAUUUAACACAGAAACCUGAGAUUUGGUCUCAUGCCAUUCUGAUAAGUUGGUUGAGUGGCUGAAUUAUAUACACUUUAUGGUAGUGCUCUUGAUCUGAAAUAUACCGAGAAUAGAGAAAGAAAAAGGAAGAGGAAGGAAAAAGGAGACAAGUAGCAAGCCCCUUUGACAAGUAAAUGCAAUCAGUUAGGUAGACAGAACAUAACAUUAUUAUAGCUGUGUUUGAAUUAUACUUUGCAAAUUAUGGUUGGAUUAAUCGGAUGUGUAACUUCUAAAAUUUAUUGAAACUUUGUUAAUUCAUCGUUUUGAAAUUUUAAUGACAUUGUUGUAGUUUUUAUGCCU